AUGAAGCUGAACGUCAAGAACAUCCGCUAUCUGGCCGCAGAUGACUGGCGGGUUCUCACUGCGGUAUGCGCCCGCACUGUCUUUUCUCGGAACCAUGAAGUCGUACCAACCCCCCUGAUUGCCCAGAUCGCUGCCCUCCGCUCAGGCACUGGCGUUCACAGGUGCAUCUCCAACCUCGCAAAAAUCGGUCUCAUCGCCAAAGUCCGCAAUGCCAAAUACGACGGAUACCGACUCACAUACGGCGGGCUCGACUACCUUGCCCUACACACCCACCAGAAGGCGUCGACAGUCUACUCGGUCGGCAAUCAGAUCGGCAUAGGAAAAGAGUCGGACAUCAUAGUCUGCGCCGACGAGACGGGCAAGCAGCUGGUUCUCAAGAUUCAUCGUCUGGGUCGCAUAUCUUUCCGCACCGUCAAGGCGAACCGUGACUAUCUCCGCAACCGUCAGGGCGGAUCAUGGAUGUACAUGUCGCGCCUCGCUGCUCUCAAGGAGUUCGAGUUCAUGAAGGCUCUACGGGCAGAAGGCUUCCCGGUGCCCGAACCGGUUGGCCAGAACAGGCAUACCGUCAUCAUGAGCCUAAUCGAUGGCUUCCCUCUUCGUCAAAUCUCCAAAGUCGGUGAUCCGCAAGAACUCUACGCCGAACUGCUCGCCCUCAUUGUCCGACUCGCGCAGUAUGGUCUCAUCCACGGUGACUUCAACGAGUUCAACAUCAUGAUUGAAGAGAAAACGGAAAAGGACGGCAGCUUGUCACUGGUACCCACCCUUAUCGAUUUUCCACAAAUGGUCUCCAUCGAUCAUGCCAAUGCCGAAUACUACUUUGACCGCGAUGUUGCUUGUGUGAAGCGCUUUUUCGACCGCCGAUUCGGUUUCAAAAGCGACGAACCAGGUCCUUUCUUCAAGGAUGCCACAAAGAAGCUUGUUAAGAGGUUGGAUGUUGAAGUGCAAGCUUCCGGAUUUAGCAAGAAGAUGGCGAAAGAACUUGAACUGUAUAUGAAGGAGCAUGGCAUUGACGGCGAUGCUGGAGACGUUGCCGCAGGAGUGGAUGGAGAAGAGGGAGAAGAGGGUGACGACGAUGACGAGGCAGGUGUCGAGGAUGACGAAUUUGGGGAUGAAGAAGACGGUGGUGUCUCCCUUGAGGGUGGCCCGGUAGGCGACGAGAUGUCUGCUUCUGGCGAUACAACAACGGAUGGACAGCCAAGCCUCACCUCACAAAUGACUAUACUCGAGAUCCGGGACAACGAUCCACUGCCGGACCUCAAGGACAUCAAGCCGCCUCAACCGUCUGAGCCCACCAUGACCACCAAGGCUGCCAAGAAGAAAGCCGGGUGGGCCAUCUAG